AUGGCAGAGGUAUUAGACGAUAUUCACCAGACAGGCGAAACUCCCGGUAAAUACAUAUCCAAAGAAGAGAAAAACAAGAUUGGUCCGGACCAUGUGAGCAAAGAGCAAUUAGAGAAAGCUCGAGAGCUAGUAAUAGCCAGUAAGCUCACUGACAAGUAUCGAUUUGUGUUUGUAGACGGCAUCAUGCUUUACCAUGACAACAGUCCAGUAGCACGCAAAUUUGAUGUUCGGUUUUUCCUUCGAGCCUCGUAUGAGGAGCUGAAAAAACGAAGAGAAGCUCGGGCAGGAUACGUAACUAUAGAUGGAUUCUGGCAGGAUCCACCCGGCUAUUUUGAAGACAUUGUAUGGCCCAGUUAUGUGCAGUAUCACAAACACUUGUUUGCGAAUGAUGACGUCGAAUCAGAUUCACUGUCUACCGAUGCCGUAGACCUUGAUUUACACAUGCCAGGACAGGAUGUUACAGCUAUGCCAGAUAUCCUGACAUGGGCCAUCAACGUUCUUCGAGAGUCACUGACCUCAGACUCGUUAUCCGAUUCGUAG